UACUUAUGCCUCAGUCGUGGGAGAUGCCAGCUUGUCUUUUCUAAGAUUGGUUCACCUUAUCGUGGUCAGAUGGCAGGGUCGUGUGUAGGAUAGGUCACUAACAGCACCCGUUGUUCGUUGUUCUUGUUGCCACUUCUUUUGGACGUUAAUCGGGAUGAUUUGCCUUCUUGUGCUGACUUUCGCUUACGGUGCUCUAAGCGCUACCGCCCCAACAACUGCACCGGACUUGACGACCGGUCUCACGCAAGCCUUCAACAAAAUCGAUAGUGAUGGAAGCGGCACUGCUGACGUUUCAGAAUUUCUGAAGAUUUUUGACAAAUAUGACCUCAACCAUGAUGGCAACAUGACAAUGGCAGAAUACAUAACUAGUACUAACGCACCGAAAUUCGUUGCUCAAGGGGUUUUCAAGAAUAUUGACGCCGACAACGACGGUGUCGUCCCGAGGACCGCUGUAAACAACGUCACCGCGGUAUUCGACACCGACGGUGAUGGCGUCGUCAGUCUCGCAGAAUUCGUCACCAGGUACAAGCAGAUUUUCGCCUCGCUACAAACCAGCCCGAUUGGUAAAUAAAAACUAGGAGCAAUA